UGCAACCUCAUGUAAAUGCUGAUGGCACGCUGUAUCAUUUUGAUCCCACCUGUCCACCCCCAUUCAUGGUUCAGCCGCAGAUGCAGCCACCUCCUGCACAAGUCGUGUACCAGACUGACAAUAUACCAGACUUAACAGCUAGACUCGCAGCCAGCUCUCUAGGAACUUUAGACCAAGGAAGCGAACCCUACCCUGGUGCCAUGCCGGGGCAGGCCAUCUCAGUGGUGCCAGCAGUAAUUCCACACAUCCAGUCCAUGUACACUUCCCCCUCACAGUUUGCACAG